AUGGCUCAGCUGGGCUGGUUGGUCCAGGCCCGCACCAGAUACAUGGAGGCUAAAUUAUGCCAGCAGAUGAAGUAUGACCAGGCCACCAUGACCAUAUACCGGCCCAGACCAGCCGGCCGAACGUGGCAUACCAGGUGCCGCUGGGGGAAGGUGAUUAUAUAUGCAAAUAUCAUCAGGCAGGUGACGGCCAUGGCGCAGGUGCUUAGGUGCAAGGCAUAUUACAGCGAGCAGUUGGACAAGGCCGGGGCCAGCCCAGUGAUCGCCACCACCAGCGCCAUCAUCCAUAUUGGGACCCCCUGGACAUUACUGGAUUACGCGCAGGAGAGUGGCCGGCUGGGCGAGAUGGACAGCACACCAGCUGGGUGGGAUACCCCAGCUCCAUGGAUGGAGGGCGUCGCCCCUAAGGACCAGGAGCAGGUUGCUGAGUAUAUAGGGGUGGUCAUGUUAGAUCAGUAUUUGGAUGGAGUGGUGGAUGGGUAUCAGCAGCAGUAUUACCAGGAUGCGGAUCCCAGGGAGCAGAUAUGUGAUGGUAUGAUCCCAAUUAGGCAGAGCUGGAGGUGGAUCCAGCCAGGCGAGGCAGGCAGCAAGGCAGGCAGCGAGGCAGGCAGUAAGGCAGGCAGUAAGGCAGGCAGUAAGGCAGGGAGAGAGGCAGGGAGAGAGGUAGAGAGAGAGGUAGUCAGAGAGGCCCCAUGCCAGGCAGUUAGUUUAUAUAGUAUGUUAGCUGAAUUAGUGCAAGGUAGACAGCAAGGUAGACAGCGAGGUAGACAGUGA